AUGUUUGCUCCUCAAUCCGUGCCCCACCCAAAUGGCGCCUGCCCGCAAUCCCACACGCUGUGCGCUUUGUCGUUUCUGGAUCCACGAUGUUGCAAGUUCGUGCCCUAUCCUCUACAGAACAUCACCCAUUCAGCGUGGCUGACGUUCCUCGACGGUGAUCCAGGGAGCAACCCUGCACUCUCUGAAGAAGUUGACAGUGGCUCUGUCAGUUAUCAUGCUCAGUGCGCAGCGCACCAGUUCAAGCUGCCCCGGCAUCUCCUUGCGAUUGCGCUUUCAGGUUCCUAUGAACCCUGCGCAGCCGAGAUCAGCGAGCGCAUAGCUUGGUUGCGCAUUUACUUUGCAGUGCAGAUCUUCGACGUGCCGCGCCUCCCCUUGGAAGUCAGGCUUCUCAUUGCGGACUAUGUGCUGCACGGAGACUUUCUGUCGAUGCUCGCACUUGAGCAGAUCAAAGAUCUUCCGGAACCUUCUCCAACCACCACAUGCCAGAUGCCACUCUCUUCAGUCAUUUGGGCUCAAACUUUGCGCUAUGAGCGCGUGGAAUACGUAUCAUCACUGGGCGAGGUGCCAGGGGAAGGAUUCCGCCUGCUCAAUCGCAGCCCCAGCAUUUCCUGCCUGUAUAUUGGUUACAACUCAAUCGGCGUCCGACAAGUUGUACUAUCUUCCAGACAGAAGCCGCCGCAGGAGAUGCCUGACACCUGGUGGGAAAUUCUCGAAGUCGAUCGAAAUACAGACUUGACGAUAGAGACAGACGGAUUCAAGGUGCGCAGCCUUCAUCAAGGUGGUAAGAAACACCUCGCGCAAUCCUACUUAUGGGACUGCCCGCCAGUGCAGCACGUCCAACCUCGAGCAUUUCCGCUAGACGUACCGGGCGGAGAACGCAUCCUCAUGGCCAAGUUUCCGUGCGAUGCGAGCGGAUAUACCAUUUAUUGGGACCUGGGCUGCAAAAUUUUGCUCCCCGCUCGGCGAGUCAGCUCUGUCAUGUACGACGGGAGAAAGUGUGGCAUCUGGAUUUACUUCCCGCUUCGAAAGGACGAAACGAUCUCGCAAAUUUUGGCGUAUGGCAGGGGGAUAGACUUCGGUUUCCUACUGCGAACAAGUCAGGGGCGCCUCGCUCUCUUGGGCCCUCAGCCGAAACCACAAAGGCAGGCUCCCACCGUCACGCAUCUCGCCUCAUUUCGGCGGAAUCAGGGACAUUGCUACUUCGGGAUGGCCAAAGACGGAGUACGGCGUUUCGCUUGUGCCAGCGAAGCUGUGGAUCCAACCGCGGAGCUUCUGACAAUACCAGUGCCAUCGUCGCCCUAUCCUCGCACAAACCUAUACGACUACUUCUUCCAUUCAUCAGUCGUACUUGGUGACGUCACCGAGUUUCGCUUCUGUCGCUCCGUGGAUGCGGGACAGCAGAGAAUUAUCGGCAUUUUGUUUCGAUCAUCAUUGGGAUGCCACGCAGCUGUUGGUCAGGUGCGCUUCGAUUCUUUAGACACUCCAAUGGCUGUUGGCAAGAAUGAAGUGCUUCGCCUUUACAUAGCAAAAGCGCAGGGCCGACGUAUAGUCACCGAUCGAUGUCUAGCUACCAGCACAGCUCGUUCGACAUGUUUCGAGAUAAAAAUGUCUGGGUUAUUGGAAUGGUGGACUUCACUAACCAAGAGCUUGAUCUACCACAACGGUAUUCUACUCAUGUAAAAUAACAAGUUUUCAGAGUUUUCAAAAGAGAAGAUAUGUAUCCCCUGAAAUCUUCGUCAAAGACUACGAUAUCCUGCACUGCACGUCGUGUCAACUCCAUUCGGAACCAUGUGGCUGUGCUUAACCCGACGGACACGAUCACCAACCCUCCCUCCAGAAUCGAUCCAGUGCAAUUGCCUGGCCUCGAGAGUA